AUGUUUGGCAAUUCCUUUUUUAGCUGGCGGUGUUGGUGGAUUGUUUUGUACACUAUGAAGUGUGCUUCGGCAGCAUUAUAUCAAUCACCUAAUAUUGUAUUCAUUAUGGUCGACGAUAUGGGUUGGAAUGACGUUUCAUUUCAUGGUUCAGAUCAGAUAAUAACACCUAAUAUUGACAAUUUGGCAUAUCAAGGCAUUAUACUUCAACAAUACUACAGUGAGGCCAUUUGUACUCCAGCGCGUACUGCGCUUCUAACAGGAAAAUAUCCCAUGAGACUUGGCAUGCACGGAAUGCCGCUCUUAAACUCGGAAGACAGAGGUAUUCCAUUAACAGAGAAGCUUUUGCCCUCAUAUUUGAAAGAUCUCGGAUACACAACGCAUUUAGUGGGAAAAUGGCAUGUUGGAAUGUCGAGAGAACAAUAUUUACCUACUUCGAGAGGAUAUGACACCCACUACGGUAUGAGAGGAGGAUUUAUCGAUUACUAUACAUAUAAUAAAAUUGAAUCUUGGCCUAAUGGACGUCAACUUUUCGGCUUAGAUCUUUUCGAUAACGAUCAACCUCAAAAUGAAGAACAACGUUACAUAGUCGAUGCACUUACAGAUAGAGCAGUUAAAAUAAUCAGACAGCACAACAGCUCAUGCCCCCUAUUUUUGCACGUGACUCACAAUGCGCCGCAUGCUGGUAAUGAUGGCGGUGCGCUUCAGCCUCCAUUGAAUUCGUCAGUUAGACACAGACACAUUGCCAACUCUAAUCGGAGGUUGUACGCAGAAGUAGUCUCACAUGUUGAUAAAAGUGUUGGUGAAAUAGUAAAAGCACUUUCAGAUAUGAAUAUGCUAGAAAAUACAAUCAUAAUAUUCGCAUCAGACAAUGGUGCGCCAACUCUUGGUGAUUUUCCUAAUUGGGGAGUGAAUUUACCUUUGAGAGGGAAAAAAAACACGCCGUGGGAGGGUGGGGUGAGAGUUCCAGCUUUUAUUUGGCAUUCUUCAUUUAGGCCUAAAGUAUGGACUGGAUUGAUGCACAUAACUGACUGGCUGCCAACUUUAAUUGCUGCUGCAGGAGGUACUAUCGAUAGAGAGAUCGACGGAAUAAAUCAAUGGCAGUCUGUGAUUCGAGAUUCAAAAUCUUUGAGAAGGGAAGUUCUUAUAGCUGUUGAAGAUAGUGAUAGAAAUGUUUAUGCCGCGUAUAGAGCCGGAGAUUACAAAAUAGUUGUAGGAAAUGUGUCUGGUUUGAAUAAUGGGUAUUACGGAGAAGAUUAUAUGGCAAUUAAAAGCCAAACGCCAGAGUACUUUCCGCUGUUGCAAAAUUGCGAAGUUGCGAGAGCCUUUGAGAAAAUAGGAAUAUACUUACAUCGUCAGGAAGUCAUGGAUACGAGAACAGCGGCAACAAUAAAACCGCAAGGACCGGUGACAAAUGUUACGCUUUGUGAACCAACACCAACGCGUGGCUGCCUUUACAAUAUACUUCAAGAUCCAAGUGAAAGGCGUGAUUUAUGGGAAAAAGCAAAUAAUAUUGCAGUCAUGUUAACCAGCAGACUCAGAAGCCUUUGGUCCAUGCAGAAGAGGAGGGGUCCAUUAGCUUUAAGUUCGGACUCUGAUCCUGUUAAUUUUAAUUACACUUGGAUGCCUUGGAUUAAUUACAGGAAUGGAUCGGAUCUAAAUGAAAUUAAUACUAGAGAUGAAAAUAAAAAAAGUGAUAGCAAGAAGUCUGGUGGAGCUUUCAACACAGUGUUACUCAGGAGUUCAGUUAAUUAUUCAACGAUUGGCGCCAGAAGUAUGCGAUUUCAAGAGAUUUCAGGAUAUGCUGUUACACUGGUUUCAUACAUAUUAAUCAUUUCCAACGCAGAAGAUUUUAGAAGUAGCCAAUCCAUGCGCCCAAAUAUUGUGCUAAUAAUUGCUGAUGAUAUGGGUUGGGAUGAUGUUAGUUUCCACGGUUCAGAUCAAAUUUUGACGCCAAACAUUGAUUUGUUGGCGUAUACUGGAGUAGCAUUGGAACGCUACUACAGUCACUGUAUAUGCACGCCAUCACGAUCCGCACUACUUACUGGAAAAUAUUCCUAUGUUACAGGAAUGCAAGGAUACCCUUUAACCAAUAGUGAAGAUAGGGGUUUACCGGUUACUGAGAAAAUUUUGCCACAGUAUCUGAAGGAACUUGGGUACGCAACACAUUUAGUAGGAAAAUGGCACGUUGGUCAAUCCCGUACAAGUUUCCUUCCAACGAUGCGUGGAUUUGAUACUCAUUACGGCCAUAGAGGAGGAUAUAUCGAUUACUACGAAUACACAUUACAUGAAACGGACGACUCGGGCGAAGUGUAUGGAUUUGGAUUAUUUAGAAAUAUGAGUGCUGCAUGGGACGAUGAAGGUUAUAUUACUGAUCUAUACACUAAAGAAGCCAAAAAAAUAAUAACGUCGCAUGAUAAAACUAUUCCUUUAUUCUUGACUGUUGCUCAUAACGCUCCACAUUCUGGAAAUGUGGGAGCUACACUACAAGCGCCUCCUAAAGACGUCCGAACAAUGCGCCAUGUUGAAUCACCCCAAAGAAGAAUUUACUCUGCGAUGGUGAAAAAACUGGAUGAAAGCGUUGGUGAAAUUGUUCAGUCACUUUCAGAUAAUAAGAUUUUAAACAACACUAUCAUAGUGUUCGUAUCUGACAAUGGUGGAAUGACAUCGGGUGAUUCUUUCAAUUAUGCAUCCAAUUGGCCUCUGCGAGGACUAAAAUUGUCUCCUUUCGAGGGUGGUGUUAGAGUGAACGGACUUUUGUGGACUCAAAACUUAACUAAUACUGGUCAUUUAUGGAAAGGAUAUAUUCAUGUCUCAGAUUGGUUGCCUACACUUAUGAAAGCUGCUGGAGCAGAACCACCUUUAGAUAUAGAUGGAUAUGAUCUUUGGGAAAAUAUUAUAAAUAACAAAGAAUCGAAAAGGAAUGAAAUAUUCGAAAUAGAUGAUUUAACGGGCUAUAAUUCAAUUAUUUCUGGUGAUUAUAAACUAGUGACAGGAUCUGUCAUUGUUAAUUAUAGUAAUCAUCAAGGCGGUGACCUUAGAAGUAUAAUUGGAAAGGCUCCAUCUUAUUUUAAUACCCUUAAAAAAAGUACCGUUUACAGAGUGUUCAGUGAUAUAGGAAGACCUUUUAAUUUUGAAAAUGUUAUGCUAAGAGAGGAUAUAAAAGUUACUUGUGAUAAAACUGGGAAUCAGGAAAAUACUUUGUGCUACCCACAAAUAAGUCAGUGGUGCUUGUACAAUAUAAAGGAAGAUCCAUGUGAAUUUCGAGAUAUAUCCAUAGAUAAUCCUGAAAUAAUAAGAAAUAUGUUGAUACGUCUAGAAAAGGAAAAGUUAAGAGUUAUACCCAGGAGAAAAACUAUUUUAAGGGAUCCUAGAUCAUCUCCGCGCUUACAUAAUUAUACUUGGGAUAUUUGGGCAGAUAAUAUCAUGCCUAGUAAUUUAUAA